AUGAAGGUAGCCUCAAAAGUGGCAGACGCUGGUAGAAUCCGCAUAGGCUGGGCGAUGUGCAGAGCAAAACUGUUGGAGAGGAAGGACCGAGUGUGCUAUAAAUGCCAAGGGACAGGGCACGUAGCCGCGGCUUGCAACUCAGAGGCGAAGCCGAAAGCGUGCUUCACGUGUAAAUCUCUGGAACACCUGGCUCGAGAAUGUGUUGCUCCACCAAGGGAGAAAACCAAACCGACGCGAAGCAGGACUCCGCCGCUACAAUGCGAGGAGCCUGAGAGGAACCCUCCUCCAAAUGAUUAA